AUGAAAUGCAACAAGAGUCCACUUUAUGUUUUCAUGAAAGCUUUGGUCCCUUAUGGUGAAUCUCAGUAUGAAGAUGAAAAGCUGCCUGUGAAGCGUACAUGGCCUUUAUUCCCAUUCCCCAUACCACACUUUCAAUUACCGCAUUACUUCACGGCGCCGAAGAAGCCAGUUAUUAGCCCUGAUUGCAUCAAGGCAAAGUUGGCUUUGUCAGACUGUGUGAAGGAAAAGCUGGUUUCAGCAUGGUAUUCGGCGCCUCUUGUCAAAGAUUGUUGUCAUCCGAUUGCUAACCACAAGAAGAGCUGCCCUGAUUUUAUUGUCAAGAUUGAUGAGCUUUUGAUCCCACAUUACAUGAUGAGUACUUGUCAUGCUCCUAAUCACUCCGGUAAGCAUGCUGAUGUCCCUUCGGCUAGCCCUCCUACUGGUCCACCACCAAAAGGUCCCGUUGGUCCAUCACCAAAAGGUCCAGUUGGUCCAUCACCAUCACCAAAAGGUCCACCAUCAAAACCAAAAGGUCCUGUUGGUCCGCCAUCAGAACCAAAAGGUCCUGUUAGUCCACCACCAAAAAGUCCACCAUCAAAACCAAAAGGUCCUGUUAGUCCACCACCAAAAGGUCCACCAUCAAAACCAAAAGGUCCUGUUGGUCCACCACCAAAACCAAAAGGUCCUACGCCGCCCAUUGAUAGCACUACUUAA